UUUCAGCACUUUAGCAUCGGAGCAAGCAGAAUUCUGUUACAGACUUAUCUCUGAACUGUUAGGGCGACGCCAGUUGAUGAUUGUGCAAAUGUAGUGGACUAGAAAAUCCCAAGUCUUCUCACCAAGGACUUCUUAAAAUUUUUCCAAUUGCCUGAUGACUUAGACUGAAAAGAAGGACGUUUGAGAUCACUGAUUUGCCGCUUACCAUGAAGCCAUCCGCAGAUGUGCUUGAGAUCGUCGCUUGCACUCUUCUAAUCCUUGUGAGCUUUGUUGGAAAUAUGUGUUUAUUUUAUUCUACAAGGAAAUGUAUGACUGGGCAUUUACAGACAUCCUUUCUUCUGAUUUUCAGUCUCAUCUUUGUCCACCUCAUUAAAAACUUGGUGGUGAAUGUCAUGAAAAUUGUUUAUUCUUCUGGUUUCAUGUUGGAUUCAGCUGGCUGCAAAGUUGUGCACUUCACAGCAGCCCUGACGACUUCCUUGGCCAUCUGGUUCAUGUUACACUUCGCAUUGCUCUACCACCAGAAGCUUUACCAGACUGUCCACCCCUUGAGUGAGGCUCCCAUCCCGGACCAUCAGAAGCAUGCCUUGAAGGUGGUUUCUGCCCUUUGGGUGGCUGGCGUGGCAGUGUACCUCCCAGUUUUACUUUAUACCAGAAGAUCAGAAUACCUGGGUGCAGGAAAUGACACAGACCUCUUGUCUACUAAGGGGAUUCACAAGGAUUGCCUGAUUGACUUUGGUAACAAGCAAGUAGAGUUUUACUAUGGGAAAAUGUUUUUAGUUCUGAUUGAUAUUCUUCCUUUAGCCAUCUUAGUCUUUGUCUGUUUCUGGAUGUCUUUUCUCCUUUCAGAAAGAAAGAAGAUGACAUAUGGCGACAUCUGGAUGGGAGAUGAUGAUUCAGAAACUGAAAUCCUUAGAGGGGCCAAGUUUAGUAUUUUAUUAAUGUGGCUGAUCACUCCACUUUGGAUCUCUCACUUUAUCUUAGUCUCUUUCUUGAAAGACUUGGCAGCCUGUGUCUUUUUCCCAGCUGUUCUCACAGUUCUCUCUUCAGGCUUCUCUGCUCUCAGUCCUUUCCUGCUGAUGCUGGUAAACUACAAAAUGAAGCUGGUGUCCUUCUGUGGUGCCAAAGAGGAAAAACCCACAGCACAGCCUGCAAAUGUUAUUCUUUCUCCGUACGCUUAGUGGCAAAAAAACCUCUAUUUUAAUCUUUGGGAAACAGACCCUAUCAUUGGAAGUUCAGCUGAAGUUCCCAUUGCCCUCAUCAAUAGAUAGCUUAUGAACAAGAGGCUGGAAGAUUGACUCUUCCUAAAAACGAACAAACAAACAAAAAAACAAACAAAC